GCUGGGCGGGGCUAGACUCUGUCCUAUCUAAGGUGGUAGAGGCCAGUGAUUCUCCAGGCCGCAUCUCCUAGAAAAGUCAUCUUCUCGCGAACCUUUAAAGUCCCUGCCUCCGGAGGCACCUCAAGGGACUAGGACUGACUGCCUUAUCUUUUUCCUCCUUCCCAAAGUCCCGUUUGCUAUCAUGGGGAUGUACCAAGUGAGACGGAGUAGGGGGACCGAGUGGUGACCGGCACGCUGGUCACUGUCUGCUGCCCACUUCAGCGUUAGCAAACUUCUAGCAAGAUCGGAACUGAGUACUAAACAACCUCUACACUUCCCCCCUGGCGCCAUUCCAGGGCAGCGCCACAUUCCCCAGUGGGCGCGCAAUGGCCGCGCCCCCUCCCGCUGCGGACGGGUCUUUUGGUACAUCCAGUCCGAGGUCGCCAUGGAUCGGAUGAAGAAGAUCAAACGGCAGCUGUCAAUGACACUCCGAGGGGGCCGAGGUGUAGAUAAGACCAAUGGUGCCCCUGAACAGAUAGGCCUGGAUGAGAGUGGCAGUGGCGGCGGCAGUGACCUUGGAGAGGGCCCCACACGUGCUGCCCCUGGUGAACCUCGCUCUGGACGGGGCCCACUCAGCUCUGCACCAGAGAUUGUACACGAGGACUUGAAGAUGGGGUCUGACGGGGAAAGUGACCAGGCUUCAGCCACGUCCUCGGAUGAGGUGCAGUCACCAGUGAGGGUGCGCAUGCGCAACCAUCCCCCACGCAAGAUCUCCACUGAGGACAUCAACAAGCGCCUAUCACUACCAGCUGACAUCCGGCUGCCCGAGGGCUACCUUGAGAAGCUGACCCUCAAUAGCCCCAUCUUCGACAAGCCCCUCAGCCGCCGCCUCCGCCGUGUCAGCCUGUCUGAGAUUGGCUUUGGGAAACUGGAGACCUACAUCAAGCUGGACAAGCUGGGAGAGGGUACCUAUGCCACCGUGUACAAAGGCAAAAGCAAGCUCACAGACAACCUCGUGGCACUCAAGGAGAUCAGACUGGAACACGAAGAGGGGGCACCCUGCACCGCCAUCCGGGAAGUGUCCCUGCUCAAGGACCUCAAACACGCCAACAUCGUCACGCUACACGACAUUAUUCACACGGAGAAGUCCCUCACCCUUGUCUUUGAGUACCUGGACAAGGACCUGAAGCAGUACCUGGAUGACUGUGGGAACGUCAUCAACAUGCACAAUGUGAAACUGUUCCUGUUCCAGCUGCUCCGUGGCCUGGCCUACUGCCACCGGCAGAAGGUGCUACACCGAGACCUCAAGCCCCAGAACCUGCUCAUCAAUGAGAGAGGAGAGCUCAAGCUGGCCGACUUUGGCCUGGCCCGGGCCAAGUCAAUUCCAACGAAGACCUACUCCAAUGAGGUGGUAACACUGUGGUACCGGCCCCCCGACAUCCUGCUCGGGUCCACGGACUACUCCACUCAGAUUGACAUGUGGGGUGUGGGCUGCAUCUUCUAUGAGAUGGCCACAGGCCGGCCCCUCUUCCCGGGCUCCACGGUGGAGGAACAGCUGCACUUCAUCUUCCGCAUCUUGGGAACCCCAACUGAGGAGACAUGGCCGGGCAUCCUGUCCAAUGAAGAGUUCAAGACAUACAACUACCCCAAGUACCGAGCCGAGGCCCUUUUGAGCCAUGCACCCCGACUUGACAGCGACGGGGCUGACCUCCUCACCAAGCUGCUGCAGUUUGAAGGUCGCAAUCGGAUCUCCGCAGAAGAUGCCAUGAAACAUCCAUUCUUCCUCAGUCUGGGGGAACGGAUCCACAAACUUCCUGACACUACUUCCAUAUUUGCACUAAAGGAGAUCCAGCUACAAAAGGAGGCCAGCAUUCGGUCUUCGUCAAUGCCUGACUCAGUUGCCGGCGGACAGCAUGGCCGUGCCAGCCUCCCACACUGAGGCCAGGCCUAUACCCCUCCCCAUCAUGCCCCACCCCCCGCAGGACCACUACCCCACGGCAAGCCAGGGGUCUGGAGCUAGCCCAGGCUGGGGAUCUCGACUCAGACAAGACACGGUGAUGCCUUGGGUCUGAGGCUCCCCUGUCUGCUUUCCUGCCUGCCCCACCUGCCUCAUGUUGUGUGGGCCUUUUUCUUUUUGUUUCAUUCAUUGUUGUUUUUUAAUUAUUUUAAAUGAGGUUUUCAUUUUUUAAAUGCAAUAUCUCUGUAUACAGGCUGGCUGGGCCCCACCCACUGUGUGGCCCUCCCACAGUAUUUUGUGCAAUGAAGCCCCGCUCCCAGCCUUUCCAUGGCAGGGACACAACCCCUAUUCAAAACCCUGACCAUCACCAGACCCUGGGGUCAGCUAAGGGAAAGCAUGCCUCAACCACUCGCCUUCCGACCCCCACCUGCCAUCCCCAGCUGCAGGGGGACUUGGGGACUACUGGAGAUUCUCUGGGAGAUGGAUGAGGUGGGGGGCCCCCACUCUUUCCCUCCUGCAGUCCCAUAGCAGGGGCCUCCUUCUCAGGGUCUCCCUAGCCCAGCCCUCCUGCCCCCAUCCCACUCGGUGCUGUUGAGUAGGGCCCCUGCCAGGAACUGACCAACUCAGCGAGGAGCCAUAGUGUGUAUAUGUACACAGGCAGGGACAGAGGGGCACAUGGUGGGGGGGGGGUGUGCCCAGGCGUUACCCCCUAACCCCUGGGGAAGAUGAGGCAGGGCAGGGACAGUCUCUGGGGUCAGUCUCCAGAUGGGUGGUUACCUCCCCUUCAACUCUAAACCCUGGGGCCCUCAAAUGGGGUGGGAGGGCAGGGGCCUUCCU